AUGCCGUGAACGUCACAGCACAACUUCAAAGGACCGCCUUUGCCCGACUGUAACUUGUCUGCGAGCUUUUAUUCACGUGUAUGUGAGAGUCUAUGAUCCCGACGGACGCCUUGACCCAGACAUGGCCGAGGUCCCACCGCUCCAAGUAGACCCGGACUUUGAGCCUCUUACCCGACCGCGCUCGUGCACCUGGCCGCUGCCGGAGCUCAUCGACCCGGCGAGCUCCACCACAUCCUCCCCGAGCCCCUCCGUGCCGCCGGGAAACGCCUGCAAUCUCGGUUUACUGGAGGAGGAUUACGAGGAGGACGGCUCGUAUGUGUCCCAUUCUGACUUCCAUCGUCGCGAGGGGCUGCACCUUCAUCCGCACUUGCAUCAGCCAGGCCCGCAGCUGCCGGUGCCCCAGCAACAGGUGCCCCCCUUGGGGGGAUCCAGCCAGAGGAAGAGCAGCUCGUCCCGGCGGAACGCCUGGGGGAACAUGUCAUAUGCUGACCUCAUCACCAGGGCCAUCGAGAGCUCACCCGAGAAGAGGCUGACCCUCUCCCAGAUUUACGACUGGAUGGUAAAGAGCGUGCCUUACUUCAAGGAUAAAGGAGACAGUAACAGUUCUGCAGGGUGGAAGAAUUCCAUCAGACACAACCUUUCGCUGCACAGCCGCUUUGUGCGCAUUCAGAACGAGGGGACAGGCAAGAGCUCAUGGUGGAUGCUCAACCCAGAAGGAGGGAAGAAUGGCAAGUCACCUCGACGGAGAGCUACCUCCAUGGACAACAACAGUAAGUUCGCCAAGAGUCGACGGCGAGCCACGAAGAAAAAGACUUCUCUCCAAGAAGGCGCCGAGGGAAGAGCGAGCAGCCCUGGUCCUCAGUUCUCCACCUGGCUGGGAAGUCCGAGCUCCCAGAGCAACGAGGACCUGGAGGCCUGGAGCGCCUUCCGAACACGCACCAGCUCGGACGCGAGCACACUGAGCGGCCGCCGCUCGCCUUUCUCCUCCGAGCAGGAUGAUCUGGCAGAAGGCGAGGGUCACCUGAUGUACCCUGUGGGGGGCAAGAUCCCCGCACCCUUGCCCAGCCUGUCGGAAGUGUCCGGUGGAUCCAUGGGGGGCUCAGGAAUAGUGAUGGAGAGCCUGGCGGAUAACCUCAACAUGCUGUUUCCCAAGGGCUCGGACUCUUGCUGUUCUAACGGCGCCAUGCUUCAGAGCGGCCUCUAUAACUCCCCUCAGCCACAGCAGGACUAUGAGAAGCGCUUGUAUGGCCAAACCAGGAUGAACGCCUUGUCCUCCAUGUGUCCGGAGGACAAGCGGCACUAUGGGCUUUAUGAGAACCAAUAUAUCUGCCCUGCUGGCCUCCUUAAGGACCUUAUGACCUCAGAGGCAGACAGCAGUAGGAACAUGGCCCCCUUUAAGGAUUCACGUGCGUCUCACGGUGGGAGGGGUCAUUGUCCGAUGUCCAUCUAUGACAGCCCGAGCCAACUGGUGGGUCAUAACGGCACAAAAAUGAGUCUGCCCGUUCUUCCCGUGAAUCCACGAGGCCUACAUAACCAGGGUCCUCCUAGCUUGCCGGACAUGAAUAGUCGUAACAUGACCCCCCUGACUAGUCUCUCGGGGGCACCCCCUCAAAUGACCAGCCUGAGGACGCAACUGUCCCACGGUCACCCGGCCCUGGCUAAUGAUGCCAGGGCGGCCUACCGCAGCUACAGGGAGCUUCACACACAUGCUCAUCAUCAGGAGCGGCUGCCCAGCGACCUGGACAACGUGUCCAUCGAGAGGCUCGAAUGUGACAUGGAGUCCGUCCUCCACGACACCCUUAUGGAUGGCGGGGCGCUGGACUUCAAUUUUGACGCGGCAGCAGGGGCUCAGGUGUUCCCACAGAGGGUGAAGACCAACACACACAGCUGGGUGUCAGGUUAGGGAAGGGUAAUCUUACCCUGUAUGCGUGUGUGUGUGUGUUUUCUUACCCACCCAAUUUUUAAAUACUUAUCCACGUUCUUGUCUAAGACAAGAAAUGGUUUAUGCAAAGUUCUUAACAAAUCAAUUUAUCUAAUGUAGUUUGCAGACCUGUUUGAUACUGGAUAUGUGCAUUUUUAUUUUAAGUGAUGUCGUAUAUAAGCUUAAAAUAAUUCACACACUGGCCAAAUUUUGAAUCACAAGUUUGUAUUUUUUAUUUGUUGAAUUAUGUCUGGAAAUGUCACAAGAAAUUUGCAAAAUGCUGUAGUUCAAUUAUUAUUUUCUUUCAAUUACAAUAAAAAAAAAAAAAGUGUCCCCUAGAGGGAACAAUGUACGCAGAACAGCAAAUAUGGCAGCAAAGGUUAAAUAACAAAUAAAGAAAUAUUUCAAUGAUAAUGUAUUUAAUUACGAGUGUCUCAAAGGGCUUUGCAGACUCACGACAUCCCAGAUCUAACCCUAACUCAAAAGGCCCCAGCUGGGUGUAGAUGUAGAGACCCCCCUUCCAGGGUGAUCGGCUGCAAUGGAUGCCGAGUGGGUUUACAAUUGAGUUGUUAAAUAAGUAGAUAUCAUUUUGGAGUCCAGUCCAUCGGGAAGCCAACAGGUGGGGGAUCUUCUUCCGGCCUUAGUCAGGUCAGCCCACAGCUAUAGGUGCCUAUAGCUGUAUGGCU